AUGAUCCCCAUGGAGAAUCUGUCGCCUGAAAAUGUGGAAAAGAGGUUCUCCGAAGACGGCUUUCUUGCCUUCGAAGAUGCAGUCCUAGGAGACCGCGUAAAGUCUCGAUCCAAGGUUAGAUUUCGACCAGAAGACGUCGACUGUCUCGAAUUCUGCAAGCAGAACGUGUUCCAAGACGACCGAGUACAAGGAGUGUUAGGUGCUCUGUUCCCCUGGGCAGCGCUGAUUUGGUACGAGAUUUAUCUCCGUGGACCGACCAACACUGAAAUUAACGCUAUCCUGACUGGCCAAAUACGACACAUGAACGCCGUUGUGGUUCAACUAUGUGGCCCGCAGUCCAAAGUUAUUAUAUACAAGGACUCGCACCUACAACCAUUCCAUGGCGCGCCUGGUUCUGCGGGCCUGUUGGAAAUAGCUGGGGCGCAAGUCAGGAAAGCUGGCUGUGAGCCGGCUGAGAUAAUUCUCCAACAUGGCGGCCUGUAUGUCACAGUACCUAUUUCUUGA